CAGCACCACUUCCCCGCACACUACAACUCGCUGAAAAUUUUGAACAGAAUAGAACUGGUUAAAGAAAAAAGGACACAUUUUCUCUCAACUCUGACAGACUAGACUGAGCUGAGAUUCUUGCCUCCUCAAACAUAAGAAAAAGAAAACCAGGCUAAAACCCUAAAAACUCUAUCUCUCUCCAGUUGAGUUCUUCUCUUUAGUACCCACUUCGAGAUCUUCAAAAUUUUGACUUUUUCUAGAAUUUUCCUUACAUAGAUUCGAACAUUCAUACUGGAACUUUUGGAAUUUUAGUUUCUUUUUUGGUGGGUUCGUAGAUCCAUUGUUGUGCAUACAAAGCUAUGAUCUUUCUUCUUAUUCUCAGUACAAGGGACUAAAUUGCUUGACAUAUGGAGGUUAUGUAUAAUCCAAUGUCAUCUGGUGGUUCUAUUCUUAGUUUACCUAAACAUUCAUUUGACAGUAGAAGAACAUCUUCCGAUUCCAUUAACAUUAGUUUUAGAUGCAAGAACCCAAUGUUUGGAGCCGAGCAAUACCAUUAUUGGUUACCAAUUGGACAAGAUAAUUGUCUGUCCAAAGUAUGGGUUGCUGCGGAUUACUCAGAUUCGGUUCCGGAUUCAUGGAAUCACACAGGUAGUCGAGGAUAUCAUCCUCUCGAAGAAAUUAAAGUCAACGAAAGAAAAAAGGAGACUUUGCCUACUCCUGCUGAAAUAGCAAGGACAACCGCUGAGGCUAAUAGCAGUGCGUUGUUGGUAUUUCCGGGAGCAGUCCACUCUCAACCGCAUCAGCAUAUCUCAUGGGCUGAGUUUCAAUAUCUUAUUGAUGACAAUGGAGAUAUGUUUUUUGAAAUUUACGAUGAUGAAAACAUCAUGCGAGAUCAGGGGGCGAUUAAUCCUGUGAACGUUUUGAUUGGGAGGGAUAUUCCAACCCAGGUGAAUAUUGAUAAAAGUAUUGGAGACACAGGCAAUAUUGAUGAUAUAAGUUAUUAUGCCGAUCAUUUUGAGGCUUUGGGUCUCGAAGUUUCAGACACUCCAGCGGACUGGGGAAGAUCAAAUCGCUCUCGUCGGGUUCAUCCUAUUUAUUUUGCAAACUGCUUGACAAAGGCAAUUAAUACGAAGAUCAGAAGAAGGAUGGAUUACCCAGGGAAUGGGCUGUCUAUCAUGGGGUGCCUUAGGCCUGCUUAUUUGGAUGAAGAAUCUUAUUUAAGAGGGCUGCUUCACAGCGAAAGCGAUGAUUUCUCCGAUUGGAAAGAAGAACCAGAAACUGAAGGGGAAGAACAACAAAUAGCUGCAGCUUAUAGCUUAACUGAUGGUGAACCCUUGGGCUUUAACUCUAACUAUCAUGGAUCGAACUUCAGUUCGACGCUAUACAAAUUGGAGAUAGUGAGAAUGGAGUUGUUCUCUGUGUAUGGUGCUCAGUGUUUAAUCAGUGUGCAAGAUUUCCAAGAUGCUGGAGCAGAUGUUCUCGCACACAGUGCUUCAGAAAUCAUAAAGAACUUCAGUGGUAAGGGGAUGGCAUGUGACAUUGCACUUAAAACUCUUUGUCGCAAGAAAGGCUUAAAUGUUGAGGGAGCUCAUCUUAUUGGAGUGGACAGUCUCGGCAUGGAUGUGAGGGUUUUUUCAGGGACUGAGGUUCAGACUCUUCGAAUUCCAUUUAAAGCUCGGGCUAAAUCUGAAAGUGCAGCAGAAAAAAAGAUUGAGCGGAUGUUAUUCCCAAGGUACCAACGGAGAAAUGUUAAAAGGCAUACUGAUGGAUUAUGCGACCCUGAUUCUGUUUGACAUGUUGCCCUCGGCUUCUGAUAACUAGGUUUGGUGUAGUUUCGAAAUAAAAUUUUCUUAAUAAAUCAAUAGAAGUAAAAUUCCUUGCUCU